GGGCAGUACUAGUGGUCUGGAGUAACUACCUCGGGUCUUGCGGGGCCGGGGUGUUACAUAGCCGAACAUGAACUGGACACGACGGCGCUGAGGGGCCAAUCGUGAUGCAUAAGACGUCCGUAGCCAUCCUGGAAGGGAUGGACGAGUCGAACAUGAACUUGACACGACGGCACUGAGGGGCCGAUCGUGCUGCAUAACACGUCCGUCGCCAUCCUGGAAGGGAUGGGCGAGCCGAACAUGAACUGGACAUGAUGGCGUUGAAGGGCCAAUUGUGAUGCAUAAGACGUUCGUCGCCAUCCUGGAAGGAAUGGGUGAGCCGAACAUGAACUCGACACGAUGGUGCUGAGGGGCCGAUCGUGCUGCAUAGGACGUUCGUCGCCAUCCUGGAAGGUAUGGGCGAGCCGAACAUGAACUCGACAUGAUGGCACUGAGGGGCCGAUCGUGCUGCAUAUAGGUCAUCACACACGGUGGCGGCGGCGGCACACGGCGGCGGCGGCACACAGUGACGGCGGCACGCGGCGGCGACAUGAUGAGCACCGAGGGAAGAUCUGAAUGAAAAAUCAAGCAAUACUUCUCAUCCGCGGGGAGCGGGGACGAGGCCGGUCUUCAAAAAUGAUAAUGGCACAGUAUCAGGGGGUCGGUGGCCAUGUAAAAGUGUCGGCACUGGGGGUCGACCAGAGUCAAGCAACGGCUCUGGUCCGCGGGGAGCGGGGACGAGGCCGGUCUUCAAAUAUGAUAGGCACGCCGUGCCGAGAGGCCGGUCGUGAUAUAAUGAUGUCGGCAUGAGGGGCCGAUCAAGCGUAUCCAUGCAACAGCUCUCAUCCGCGUAGUGCGGGGAUGAUACUGGUCUUCAGAAUGUAAACACGUCGUACCGUGAGGUCGGUUGUGGUGUAAGGAUGAUCUCACGGCCCGCGGCCGCGAUGGUCUCCUCUAAGCCGUGACGGUUUCCUCUCGGCCCCUGGGGUGGAGACGUUCGUCUUACGGUGCUCUUCCUUAGCCAGUUUGGAACGUCUUUGGGACUCAUGCCGAGCGUCAUUUAAUCUUCUGCUCGGGCUCAUUUAGCGACCUUGGCUGCAUAACUAACAUGGUAACGGGCCGCUCGGCCUGACAAUAUAUAUACACGCAUAGCCAUCUGCGUGACUCUCUUUUCCCAACGCUCGCGAUUGCCGGCCUAUGGGUUAUUGUGACCCUCGGCUCGGCUCAUCGUGCGGGGUUAUUGGAUACGGCCGUCCGCGGCGGGGCCAUCUAGUGGCUCGCCGGACGUCGCAUAGAAAAAACAUUGGCCUGCGAGAUUGAAAACUCAGACCCACGUUUGCCGCUCCGCCCUCGAAAAAACGAGGUUGAGCAUCUUUGGUGCCCCUGGGCCCCACAGGCCGCGUUUGGCAACAGUCACUUCGCGCCUAGUGGCGCAGAUGGUACUAGGGUACGAUCGUCGAUCGGGCACUUGGUGCCGUGCGCACUAAUGCGUAAUCCCCAAAUUAAAAUGCGUCGUCGGGGCACCGCCCUCCGGAGACGCUCGGAUCGCUUAAUCAAGCCGUUCGAGAGUGGGCCAACGGCCCCACAAACAAUUAAAUAUUUAAUAAAAAGGUUGGCCGAACUAACUAUCACUAGAGCUUCGCUCCGCAUCAUUUAAUUUGGGACAUUUUUAUCCCUAAUAAAUAAGAGUGAUGUAACGGGUAGUAAUAAUGAUAUUAUCCUACCACAAGCCAUUCAGAUACGGUCUAAUCGCUAAUUAAAGCCGAACGGGGGUGGGCCGACGGGCCCACAACAACCAGUCAUUAAUUUUAAAUGACGGUGAAACUAAUCAUCACCCGUGCAUCGCUCGCACUAUUUAAUUUUGGGAAAAUUUACUCCCUUUUAAAUAAUGGUGAUGAAAAUAAUACUAUCAAUACUGAUAUUGAGAAUUAUUAUUUCAAAUAAUACUUUAAUCAGUAAAUGAGGGAGUUCGUUUGAUACUUAGCUUUUUGUAGUCAAAAUCUUCGGCCAGCGGGGAUUGUAGAACCAGAUGAGGACUCCCCUGCCAAUUUUGACUUUGGUCAAAACUACUCCAAGCUUUACACGUCUGCUACCAUUCAUCUACGGACGUGGCCCUCCAAGAACCAAGGUAUUUGGUCGGUAUGCAGUACUGUGUAUCUUUUGGUCAGGGAGCUGAAACACCGGUUCGCUGCCCCAAGGCCAAACUGCUUAAGCCAGCCACUCACCGACGGCGGGACGGGCAGUUGCCGAGGCGCAAAGGAUGCGACGGACGCCGGGCCUGGUGGGGUCUGGCAGGGCUUCAUAUGUGUACCUCCCUUAAGCUCCACGCCGCCAUUAAUGGCGGAAAUUCCUUCAUGUCGCGUCAGCAACGAGGUGGAGGCUCGAACGGCUAUUGGCCGCGUGGACGGGUGACAAGCGGUUGUCCGCCGAUGACAGGCGGCGGUUCGGCGGCUCAGAGGGUGGCUGGCGGAGCCAACAACGAGCCACGGGCGACUCUGCUGUCAGCGGCGUUUUUCUAGAAACGCAGCGGCGAGACCCAGGACGCGGCCGCGAGCUUCACCUGGUGCAGCUGGACUCACCGGAAGGUCCAUGGCGGUGGGAACGACGGCAGUUGUGGCGGCUCCGGCGGCCCCAAUCCAGAUCUGUAAAAAGAGAAACCAGAUUUGAACUUCCAGAAUCCGUAGCUUCUUCGUUUCCCAGAAUCAUUUUUCCUAAAAAAAUUUCUUCUUUUUUGGUGAAAUCAGUCCAUUUCGUAUCAAUCUUUGCAGAAAAAUUGAAGAACACAUGUAAUCUUUUUGAACUGAUUCCCAAAGACGGCGUCAGUGUUGAGUUUAAUCCAACACGAUAUAGUAAAUAUAUGUAUAAAUGUGUAUGAACAAGCUAUUUUUACGUGAAAACCCGAAAGGGAGAAAACUACGGGACUUUUUAGGCUAAUGUCCAAGUCCUCUCUUUCUCAUUAGGACUCCCCUCACCAUUACAAGGAACAAAUGUUGAAACUCCAUUAAUAGAGGAUAAAGCUAGCUAGAGAGAAAUAAGGAAGAAGAAGCUAAAAAAGGAUCCUUAAUAUGGAGGGAACACCUCUCCUAUUUAUAUAUAAAGGGGGAAGGGGGGCUCUCUACCCUGACGGGCCAAAUGGGCCGAAAUGGGCCCAAAGGCCGAAACAGGCCUGAUAGGCUAAAAUGAGCAUUACUGAUUGGGCUCCGUACUAUGUAAGUCUUUGGCUCCUGAACAGUAAUAAGACGGGAUAAUAUAUCCCAAUAGCAUGUAACUUUAAAUUCCUUAUUAUAUCUUUAAAUUCCUUGUAUCUUUAAACUAUUAUUAAUAAACUUGGGAACUCUUCCCCGAC